AGCUACAAACAAUAUCAAUAAUAAUACCAGUGAUAAUAAGUAAAUAAUAAUAAUAACAACAACAACAAAAAUAAUAAUAAUAAUAACAAUAAUAAUAAUAAUAAUAGUAAUAAUAAUAAUAAUAACAACAACAACAAUAUGCACUAAGUUGGACUUAAGGGAAUAACUUUUAUGUUAUUUUCACCUUAACGUCGUUUUUUUAAUUGUUCUCUAAUUUCUCCAUUGUCUAAGUUCCCCUUAAGGUAGGUUUUAGUAACAUAAUACUGUAAUAAUAAUAAUAAUAAUAAUAAUAAUAAUAAUAAUAAUAAUAAUAAUAAAGAGUGUAAGUUAACUUUCAAAGUUAUGGUUUAGUUUCUGGAAGCUUUGGACUUAACAUCUCACUAUCUUCGUCAGCCGUUUGAAUGAGGCAGUUAACUGACACGUCAGCAUUGAUGUUUGUGUGAUGUCAAAGAUGAUGAGAUGUCAUCUAAAGCUUCCAGAAACUAAACCAUAACUUUGAAAGUUAACUUACACUCUUUAUUAUUAUUAUUAUUAUUAUUAUUAUUAUUAUUAUUAUUAUUAUUAUUACAGUAUUAUGUUACUAAAACCUACCUUAAGGGGAACUUAGACAAUGGAGAAAUUAGAGAACAAUUAAAAAAAACGAUGUUAAGGUGAAAAUAACAUAAAAGAUAUUCCCUUAAGUCCAACUAAGUGCAUAUUGUUGUUGUUAUUAUUAUUAUUAUUAUUAUUAUUUUUGUUAUUAUUAUUAUUAUUAUUAUUAUUUACUUAUUAUCACUGGUAUUAUUAUUGAUAUUGUUUGUAGCUAUUGAAGCAUUCAAGCCUGAACUAAUCAGUGAGAAUGUCCUUCAUCGCCUCAUGGAACAAGACAUAAUCUGUGACAUCCGACUUGAGCACAAAGAUGACAACAUUUACCUGUACACCAGAGGCAAACCUGCAGACUUCUUUGUGCUGAUUUUACAAGGAAAAGUUGAGGUGUCCAUUGGUAAAGAAAAUCUAAUCUUUGAACAAGGACCUUUCGCUUACUUUGGGCAUCUAGCACUUUGUCAGCCAGCUUCAAUGGUCACUACCACUACAAAAGGAAGCACGCAGAGCAUCGUGAGUACUACCAGUAAUGUCACUGUCCAUUACCUACCGGAUUUCUCGGUGCGAAUAGCUAGUGAUGUGCAGUUCUUGCGUGUCACAAGAGCCCAGUACCAAGCAGCACGUGCUGCAACAAAAAUGGAGCUGGACAAGAAAGAAGGAAGUGAAAAUGUUGCAGAUGAAAUCUUCAAAAAGGAAUGGAAGAAGGUAUCAGAAUGCGAGGUGUACAACAGUACCAACUCUUUAAAGACCCCAGAGUAUGAUCGGAAACAAAUUUGUGAUCCAAGUAGUAAGGAGAAUGUGGUGUAGACUGCACUUCUUUAAAAAUCACUGAGCAAU